GGGCUGCUUUUCUGGCUGUGUGGAUAUCGCCUUCAUGGACGGGCAACGGGGCUUUUACGAGAUGGAGAACCCGACAGAGAACCCAAGCAAGGCGGCGGAGUAUCUAAAGGAGCUGAAUAAGAUAAUCGAGACCCAGCAGGGGCUGCUGGAGAAACAGAGGGUCCGGAUUGAUGAGCUGGAGCUCCAGGUGACGGAUCUUUGCAAGGAAAACGCCUGCCUGAAAGAUCAGCACCAGCGGCACCUGGCCACCUGCAGACUCCAGCAGGGCAACCUCUCCACCCUGGGAGCCAUCAAGGAGAAUGUCAUGCAGGAAAAAGCUGUGGUUUGAGUAUAUAACAAACAUGAAGACUGGAAUACUAUGCAUGUACUGAAACACUAGUAAAUCACUGGAAGUAGAACCCUGUUUAAGGUGACGUAUAACCAAGAUGAGAUAUAAUCCUUUGAAAACUGGAAUGCACAUACGUAUAACCUCACAGAAUGCUGUAAAUCAGAUAGAGAGCACAAAGACUGAAGUAGAGUUGGCUUAUAUGAACACACAAGUUUAAUGAUGAAAUAAGCACUUGAGUUUUUAGUAUUUGAUAUGUGAACACACAAGAUUAAUGAAGUAAUGAGCACUUGAUUUUUUAGUAUGGUUUGAUGUGAACCAUGUGUGAUGAUUUGUAAUGGUGUAAAAUGUAUUAAACCUUAAAAAAUGCAGGAAGAUCUGUGACAUAAUGGUGUAAGAAAAGUUAAUAGAUGGUUUUUAAAAAAUAGUAUAAUUACAAAACCAAAUCUGAUUGUGUCAUCCAGUGAAGAAUGAAACAAAAGAAAACAUCUUGGCCCCAAUAGACCAAGAUCAGUAGGUGUGAGACAAGACACCAUUAAGAAUGGAAAACCCAAAACAUGGAGCAGCUCUGAGAGUCCACCUGAGUGGAAAAUUACACCAUUAUGUCAUAAAGAAAGUUUGAUGAAAAUAGGUUGGACAUAUGAAAUUUGCAUAAAGGUAUAUAAGAGAAAGCCAGAGUCAGCAAAUUCAGUUCAUCCAUGGGGAA